AUGUGCAUCUUGCCAGACGAAGUCGUGCUUCUCAUAUUUUCAUUCCUCGAUGUGACAUCUCUCGUGUGCAUGCAAUAUGUGGCGGCGCGUUAUACAUUCUUGGCUAGAGACGCCUCGCUCUGGAAAGUAGUAUGCUACGAGAAUUCACGGACCGAGAAGUUGCGGCGACAGCUACAGCUACUCCGUGAACAGGACGCGGAGCUGGUGAGGUUACGGAAUGCAAUGGCCGAGCUGCCCAGCCAAUCUUCAUCCCAACCUGAUAUGACAUCGACGGCAGAACGGCUCACAUCAGUGACCGAGCCUGUCAAGGAUCAUUCAUCAAAAGUGUUGCGCGCUCGUGCACUCGCAAGUUGGGAACCUGCUUAUCCAUCCGAGGCGAUUGAUUACUACGAAGAGUAUAUACACCGUUGCGCGCCCCUGGCAAUUGGGUGGUUGAAGCUCCCGAAAUUACCAAACAGGGACCGAUCAUUGACUCGGGAAGCCACCGGCGUCGGCAUGUUAGGCGGCCAAUCCGCCUUCGAUAGUUCUCAUGUGAUCUCACCACUUGAUGAUGGUAGUAUUUGCAUCUGGGACAUUUCGGCGCGGUCCACCUUCUCUCUGGGUGGCAAGGGUGAAAUCAUAGCGCGGAGCAAGCCUGGGUUGCUGUCAGGACACGCUCCUCAAAAUGAUGGCGUCAUGACAGACACUGGCGCUGUUGAAUGUGUUUCCAUCGAAAACAGCUCUCGGGUGGGCUAUUUUGCUGUUCAGAAUCUGCUUCAUGAGGUGGAUCUGGUGACCUUGGGUAUACGCUCAACUAAAAACUAUCCAUUCCCAAUCACGGCACUGUCAGAAGCUAGCUCCGACGGGUCCGUCGCUAUUGGGACCAACAUGACCAUUCACCUCAACGAUGCCCGCGACCGAGCAUUUGCAGGCUCAACGACGAAUCACAAUGUUGAGUUGAUCAGUGGAAGUGCCCGCACGUACGCGACACUGCCACAGCCGGGUCCACUCUCGAUCCUCAACCACGCCGAGGGAGCACAAGAUCAAAGCUCAAUGUGGGUUGCCGGACGUUUCACAUCCCUCCUGGAGUACGAUCGAAGAUUCUUUCCGCGCCUUCGAAGGACGAUCUUCAGUGGCGCACGAAUUGCUAGCUUAGCACAGAUUGCUCACCCAUUCCUAGGCCGUGAUCUUGACUUGAUGCGCAAUCCAAGUACAACCGCGGCUAUGCUUCAGGAGGCGCGCAGUCAGCCUGGCCGAACGAUACUUGCAGCCGCGGAAUACAAGGGUAAAGGCUCGCUCGAGCUGUAUGGCUUGCCCGAUGCCCGCUUCUACCAUAAUCGUCAAACAGCUUCCUCAAGUAAAUUGCUUUCUGUGGCUGCUCAUGGUGGCCGAGUCGUAUUCAGCGACGGUAAUGGCAAUGUGAAGUGGGUAGAACGUGAUGGCUAUUCGCACGUCAGGACUUUCAACAUCAACAGUGACAUCGUACAUGGUGCCACAAGUGAAGUUGUGGCUGGUGACUCACAACCAGCCGGGAUCUGGUCAGGAUCAGGAUCCGAGCUGCCAGGCCAAGGCGACAUCAUCCAAAAGCUGAUGGCCACCAACGCAUCUGCAGCUGUCCAUCUUGACAGAGGGCGUCGCGACAUCAACCGGAGAGACCUACUGCUGUGGACAGGCGACGGUCGUUUGGGCCUGCUUGGCUUCGGCCGAGAAGAUCCUCUGGGAGAUAAUGCUUGGCACGAUGCUAUAGAAGUGCAAGCCCGCUCCAUCGAAGAGAGGGCCAAGGAAGAUGCUGAACGACAGUACGGAUUGGCCAUGCGAAGAGCGUUGGAGCGAAACGCCGACGAAGUUCGAUUCGUCCGUGGUCUUGGGAUGAUGUGA